UUAAGAACCAAGUUGCUCCAAGGAUCAGACUUUGUGCUUCACUAUGAAGGGGUCCAUCAUCUGGUUCAUAUUUUUUAUCGGUUUCGUGGGAGGCUUAGGACAAAAUCCAAGGCCAAAGAAAAGGAGCAACAGUGAAGAGAUUCAUUUUCAGACGAAAGGUAAAGAUGCCUGCACAAUGAGUAUGAGUGGAAAUGGUGAUGUGAAGCUAAGAAUAGAAUGUAGGAAUCAAGGCAAGACUUACUGGUGUGAAUAUACUGGCAAACCAUCACUUUGUCGUCCUUUUAAUAACAAUCCAAGGAUUUACUGGAAUCAGAUUGCCAUGGAACUAAGAAAACGGACCAACGCCUGUCACUCCAAUCUAGUUCUGAAGCCUACAAUGUGUCAGAAGGCUUCUUCUGAAGCCCACAUGAAGCAAGUGGCUUCUAGCAUAAAACCAAAGCCAAAUCCUAUCCAACAAGUCGAUAUUGGCAGUCAAGCAAAGAUGGUCCAAAAACCCCUGUCUUCUGCAAAGCAAGUUAAAGAAAGCCAAGCAGCGAAAGGUUACGUUAAAAAAUCAGGGAAGCCCAAACCAUCUUCUCUACCUCCUGUAAAACCAACUGAACAAGGCCUGGUGUCCGAAAAUGACUCUGAAGCAAUGAAGUUGGCACGGGAGCAUUGCUGGGAGUCCUUGCAUAACGUUUGUACCUACAUCAUCAGCAUCUUUAGAGGCUGA